UAAGAUAUAACUGCUUAGAAUGCGAUUCAUAUUUGUUCUGCUCUUGGCCCUUCUCGGCUGCCUCCUGUUUGCCCAGCAGGGCUGCGAAGCUACGGGAACGAGCACUGAAAGCUCCUCGGAUAGUACCAGCGCCUCGGACACCUCCACUACCGCGUCCUCUUCCUCCGACACAACUGAAGCCUCAACGUCUUCCGACACCACCACAGUGGCCUCGUCUGCCACGACUACCACCACUUCUUCGUCCUCGUCCUCGUCGUCGUCCUCCAGCGCGGCCGCCCGUCGUCGCAGGGCCGCCGCCCGUCGUCGUCGCUUGGCCCGCCAACGGCGCAGGCGCCAACAGCGCCAAAGGCGCCAACAGCGCCAAAGGCGCCGCCGCCAACAGCAGCGCAGAAGACGCCAGCAAAGGCAGCGCAGUGGAUAGACGAUUGCUACAGUCGAAGAGGAGGCUGCUGCAGCUAGAAACCUGUCGAGUCAGACAGCUAAUACAAGCCAAAGAUUGAUGUUUUAACUAAAUUGCAGUUGCGUUGCUGUGGGAUAUUCCGUUUUUUAAAAAUAAAGAAAAUUUU